UAGAUGGUGGUUUGGGAGAUUAGUUGAAGCGUGAGUCGCGGUAAACGCAAAAUCAGUGUGUCGUUGGCACGAUGAUGAAGAUAAUUGAUGAGAAUUGAGAGCGGGGCCGCAUGUUGGCGUGGCACCGUGGUCUGCCACUACAAGGUGGUCAAAUUCCCCGCCCCCGCCACCACCACCACCACCACCGGAGGAGCCCGAUCACCGCCACCACCACCACCACCAUCAGAUCUUCCCUUCCGCUCUUUCCGCAACCGUUACAUUCCUCGGCCUAGUAACGGCAGACGCCAUUUCCUCCGGAUCUCCACGUCUCGCGCCUCCUCUCUUCCUCACAAGGCGUUGCGUUCAAUACCCAAGACUCGGGUUCUCGCUGAGAGCCGCGCCAUGGAGAAAGAGCAAGAGUUGCAGCCGAAGCUGUGCACGAAGAUGCGGCUCUGGGAAUUCUCGGAUCAGUAUAUGAUCGAGGCGAUUGAUGGCGCUUCCAAUUCUUACCUGAUGAUCAGCCGCGUCGAUGGCUCGUUAAAAUCCGUCGAUGAACUUCCGGAUUAUGGCGCCACAAGCCCGAGAAUCCGAAACAUAUUUGGUUUGAUUGGAAUGCUGAAGCUCGUCGCAGGUACAUACGCGCUGGUGAUCACGAAUCGGGAAUGUGUUGGAUCCCAUUUUGGAUAUCCCAUCUUCAAAGUAUCGUCUCUUCAAAUAUUGCCGUGUAAUCAAGCAGUUAGCAGCUCAACUGCAGAGCAGAACAAGUUGGAGUCUGAGUUGAAGGGGCUCCUCAGUGCUGCAGAGAAGACACCUGGGCUGUAUUUUUCCUAUGAAAUCGAUUUAACGCUUAGUUUGCAAAGAUCACAUGGAUCACGGUAUGAGUCGAAGAAUCUGCCACUCUGGAGGCAGGCUGACCCAAGAUUUCUCUGGAAUAAUUACAUGCUAGAAGUCCUUAUAGACAACAAGCUUGAUCCAUACAUAUUGCCGGUUAUCCAAGGGAGCUAUCAAAGCUUUCAAGCAAAUAUCGGGAAACAAAUUGUGGAUGUGAUUUUGAUAGCUAGAAGAUGCACAAGGCGAACUGGUACACGAAUGUGGAGAAGAGGUGCCGAUGCAGAAGGUUAUACUGCAAAUUUUGUUGAAACAGAGCAGAUUGUUCAAUGUAAUGGUUUCACGGCCUCUUUUGUACAGGUUCGUGGAUCUAUUCCAUUUUUGUGGAAGCAAAUUGUUGACUUGACAUACAAGCCUAGUUUUGAAAUUGUAAGACCAGAGGAAGCUCCUCAAGUUGUUCAGAGACACUUUCUUGAUUUAAGAAGAACCUAUGGAUCUGUUUUAGCUGUUGAUCUCGUCAACAAGCAUGGGGGUGAAGGCCGAUUGAAUCAAGUAUUUGCUAAUGCCAUGCAAAAAAUUGCAAGCGACGAGAUAAGAUAUGUGCAUUUUGAUUUUCAUCGAAUUUGUGGUCACAUUCACUUUGAACGUCUUUCACUUCUCUAUGACCAAAUCGUGGACUUCUUGAAGAGCCACAGGUAUUUUCUACUGGAUGUAAAAGGAGAAAAACUUGAGGAACAACAAGGAAUUGUAAGGACAAAUUGCAUUGAUUGUUUAGAUCGUACCAAUGUUACCCAGAGUAUGAUUGGCAGAAGAAUAUUAGAAAGUCAACUUCAAAGAAUGGGAAUCUUGGGAAAUGGUGAAACCAUAGAUAAUCAUGUUGGCUUUGAUGAGAGCUUCAAAAUCUUAUGGGCAGACCAUGGUGAUGAUAUAAGCAUUCAAUAUUCUGGUACUGCUGCACUGAAAGGAGAUUUUGUUAGGCAUGGGAAGAGGACAAUAAAUGGAGUGAUUGGUGAUGGUUGCAAUGCACUUUUACGCUAUUAUUUGAACAACUUCUGUGACGGAACUAAGCAGGAUGCCAUUGAUCUCUUGCACGGCCACUACAUUGUUGCUGUUAGCCGUGGAUUGACUUCUUCACUAAAAGGAGAAGCCAUGGAGGCUUGGACUUCAUUUCCCUUAGCUUCAGCAUUAGCUUUGACUGGCAUGAUGCUUGCAACCAUGUCACUGAGGCAAGCUCAACAUGAUUGGCGUCAUUUGCUGCUUUCAGCUGUCUGGGCUGGACUUAGCUUGGGCAUAAUGGCAUUUAUGAAAGCUAAUGGGAGAAAGUUCUGCAACCGUCCUCGUCUACAUAAGCCAUGAUGAUGAAUGCCCUCGUUCAAUUGUUCAAGACAAAGGCAGAGCCAUUGUCUGGAUUUUAUUUAACCACAGCAUUGUUACAAAGUAAAGGGGUUACAAGUUCGAGGCUUCCGUUCCUUAUUUGAAAUAGGUCAUAGAAGAUUGUGAUAGCAUGGUUAAUUUUUCUGCUUGUAUUUUUUCCAUUCUUAUUUCUCUCAUUUUGUGAGGGUCUCCAUUACUAAUUUACUAUUGUAUUUGUGUCCUAUAUUUGACUCAAAAAUGUUAUUUUAAAAUGGUAUGCAAUGGAUAAUAGAAGUCCUGGCUCAUUUUUCUGCUCU